UGCAUUCUUUGUUGUAAGCAGCCGUGGUCCACAGUGUGUCACCGAACAGGGGAAAUUCUGCUUGGAGAGCUGCUAGUUGUAGCGAUUUUUUGCCUACUAAUGGCUAAUGACCGGCUCAGAGCUCUGGAGGACACAGAAAAGGAGAUAGCAUCGGUCCUGCAGUGUGCCGGUAACAUUGUCCUGGAACUCUCAAAAGACAAACCCAAUGCCAGCUUCCUUGACAGACAGCUGGUCCAGUUCCAGAGCUCAGUCAACCGAGUGGAGAAUGAACUGAGUUCCCAGAUCCGCUACCUCACACAGGUAGCUACUGGUCAGCCUCAUGAAGGUUCCACUUAUUCAGCCAGGAAGGACUGUCAGAUGGCACUAAACAGAGCUGAGUAUGCCAAAGUCAAACUUGGAGAACUGGGACGAACCUGUGAAGUCAUGUUGGAGCAGCAGCAGCAACAGCAGCAGCAGCAGACAUGAGAGCAAAGAGGGCAGCUUCCUGACUGCUGGGACUGUAGCAGUACUUCAUUCUGAUACCCGAUGGGACUUUAUUCCCCAAUUCUACUACCAGUGUUCAAAUCUUUUCGCAGAUACUUUUUACUGUUCUUUACAUACACAACUAUUCCAACAAACUUAUAGGAUGACUAAAAGAAAGAAAAUAUUUUUUGUUGUUGUUUUUUUAAUGCAAGAAAUCUGUUUUUCUAUAUGAUGUAUGUUGCAUUUCUGGUAAUAUUUUGUUGUUGGGUGUUUCAUGAUAAUUGGUACAAAUAGCAGGCCAUAUGUACAAACUGUUAAGAUACUUUUAAUACAACAACCAGGAAACGUG